AUGUAUAUUUGCAGGACGUUUUUCACAGUCAGCUCGGAAAUCCGAGCAAUAAGCAAGAUGCGGCUUAAGACUGGCUCUGAGAUAACAGAAUGUGAAGGGUCCUCAUUUCUGACUGUGUCCAACUCAGGAUACAACGUAAGCAACACAUCGAACGCUCAGACUCGAAUCUUCAGCGUCCUUGGUCGGGAUGACUUGCUCGCUUGGGUAGUUCUUGCAUACCCGGCCGUCGCAAUGUGCAUCAUGCCGCUUUGUAGGCGCUUAUCUCUGCUGGCAGACUUGAAGCUGCAGUUUUACAUUCACAGCAUCGUGUUUGUUGUAGGCGUGGUUGUGUCUGGCACCGCUAAAGAUAUGAAUGCCGUCAUCCUGGGGCGAGCAAUCAGCGGGGCGGGAGGAGCAGGACUCUACCACGGACUCCUCCUUUACGGCAUUAUAUAUGCUAGUCCGGAUAACACACUCAGCACAAAGACUGUCAUAGAUAUUUGCUUUGUGCUUGGUCUAUUUCUCGGUCCGGUUAUUACCGGUGCAUUCGCAGACAGCUACACGGCCACGUGGCGGUGGGCCUUCUUCGUAAACAUACCGAUAGUGCUUGUCCUAUGGAUCGGGUACUACUUCUUCCUUCCCCCGUUGCACCUAAGACGCCAAACUGCAAGCGGAAUCGCAGGGAACCCCAGACAGCAGUCCUGGUUGGUAGAGACCGACUGGCUGGGUUGGAUUUUACAUUGCGGCUCAGCCAUGAUGCUUCAUGCAUGUCUAGUCUUCUCGGGUCAUCGCUGGACCUGGGGCUCAACUUCUGCCGACGUCGCUUGGGUGCUUACUGGCUUUCUCUUGAUUGCCUAUGCGACACAGCAGUUCCGCUGCAUCGGCACCACGCCUGCAUCUCGCAUAAUUGUUUUUGAAGCAAUCGGUAUUGAGCAUAUUCUGGCUUUUACCGUCACUAGCAUGGCCUCUGCCUCCUACACGGUCAACCUGCAAUACGCGCAGCUUGUGUUUUUACUUGCUCAAGGGUCCACCCUCGCCACAGCUGCUGCACAUCUUCUGCCGUACGUCGGGUCGUUGCUUUUCACGAGGAUACUCCACGAAACACUGUUCAAGAGAGCCAGGGUUGAUCCUGGUCUCAAUCUUCUCGGCGGCGGGCUUAUUCUCGUUGCAUCAGUCCUGCAAAUGUCUGCAGAUCCAUAUCGAUCUGCCGGCAUCGUCAUGGGCAUACUCGCCAUAUCUGGGGGAGGAGUAGGGCUAGUGUUCCGGCAGACAGCCAUCCUACUACAGGACCAGGAUCAGAAGAGUGUUGAGCGAGCAAACAGCUAUGCUACCCUAUUCGCCACGCUGCAUUUCGGCGUCAUCUCCCUUGCUACCUCAGUCUGCGCUUGCAUAUAUCAGAAUCUUGGCUUUAGAUACCUCAGCGACGCGAUGCUCAGUGGUGGGGAAGACGACAUCACAGGUGACGAAAUCUGGAGCAUGUUUGCGGGUUUCAGGCAUCCUAGCCUGGAAGGAAAUCUUUCUUUGGUAAAUCAAGUAGCCGAGGUGAUUACUAAGGCGAUUGCAGGAACGUUCUCCGUUGCAGUUGCAAAUGGGGCAAUUAUCAUGCUGAGUGUUUUUGCUGCGGGUUGGGCUAUCCGCCUUACUGGCCGAGCAAGAAUCAGAACCAAUUCUCGAUCUGCCGUGGUCUAA